UCUAAAAUUCUUAAAAUUAAAUAAAAUUGAGUUCGUUUACUGCUACGACAAGAGAAUUUCCAUUAAAUUUGUUUAACAUUGAUGUGCGAAAAUAUAUAUGUAUCAAGAGAAAAAUAAAAUGAAUGAUAUGAAAAGCGAACUUGUAAGCUGCGAUAACGUUGAGGCUACCAAAGCCAAAAUAGCGAAUGUUUUGUCACAAAUAAAGCGUUACCAGGAAAAGACGCGCAAGUUUAUUGAAGAUAAUUAUGUAGAAUUUAUGCCAAAUAACUCAUCCUCCGAUAUGUAUUUAGAUGAUGGAAAAGUGCUAAUUGAAGAAUCUGAUCAAAUACUUCAAGAUGUAAGCAAAAAUGCUGUCACAGCACUGGAAGACACAAACGCUGAGUUGCAGAGUUGUGCAAAUGAUCUAAAUGAAAUUUCUUUAGGUCUUCGAUUAAGUUAUAGAAUUUUAAAAAUAGAUGACCUAUUUCAAUGUGUUGAAGAAUCAAAUGCAACGAAGGACUAUUUGAUUGUAUUGGACUUACUUCAGAAGAUUAAGGAUCUUACUUAUAGUGAAAGUAACGACGACUGUGACCGGUUAUUUCAAAAAUGUGCCUGUUAUGAUACUAUCAAAGUAAAAUAUCAUAUACAAGCUCACAUGCUAAAGCAAAAUUUGCAACAACAAUUUCAACAGUUUCUUCAGUUAAAUGAAAAACUAUUUCCCCAAGCUAAACGCGUAACAAUUAAGAUAUCAAAAGAUGUAAAUCAAAUGCAAGAUAUAGUCAUGGCACUCUUCCAGGCACAGUAUAAUCCUACUAAAAUAUGUGAUUUUCUGUUGGAAAAUUGUUUCGAGCCGUUAAUAACCAAACCAGUUUCUAUAGAAUAUUGUGAUGAUAGCAACGAAUAUUCGCAACUUACACUGUCUUAUUCUUUGAAAAAUCUCGGCACUAGCCUCCGCCCUUCCUAUAAACAAGUUUUCGAACACUUUAAGCUAGUAUUGCAAUGCUUAGGUAUUAUUAACGUUUCGAUUUCGUCAGAUCAACAUGUUUUUUCUAUUAUUGGAGACCAUAUUAAGGAACGAAUGCUUAAACGUUUAGUCGAAGACUGCCUAAUGCAUGAAAUUCCGGAUACAAUGGAUGAGUUACGCGAUUCAACUAUAGUAGAGGACGUUCAUCAAUUCGAACAGUUAUUGGCAGACUUUUUUUUAAUAAAUAUCGAAAAUGAUCGUAUUCUUAGCAAUUUCACCGAAAAUUUCGAAACAUAUUUUAGAAAUCGAUUUUCUAACAAAUUGCUUAGUAGUGCACGUGAUAUAAUGCAGAAAGAUAUGCAUGACAUGACAUUGAUUGCGGAAGAAAAUAGCGCGGAAUGUGUUGCUAAUAAUCCAUUCUUGUUUCCGUGUUGCAUGGUUUCCAAAAGUACAUUGGAGUUGAUUAAACUCAUGGAACGUAUACUACGGCAACCUAAACUUCCAGAAACCGAUGUAAAUUAUUUUUUAAACAUUAUAUGUAUCAUUCUAAAUACUUACGUGAAUUUAGUACCAGAAGUUCAUGAAAAACUGCUUGAAAGCAUACCUCAACAAUCAGUUUUAUUUUACAAUAAUUGCAUGUUCUUAAGUCAUUGGGUUGCCAAAAAUUCCGAGAAAAACUUACCUUACUUUCCGGCCAUAAUUGACACUUUGCAGUCUACUGGAAAAAAAUAUUUUAACAUGCAAAUAACUUACCAGCGCAAAAUAGUGAUGGAUAUAUUAAAAGAAUUUGAUCUUUCAAAUAUGCACAAUCUCGGUGUUUUACCGCUCAAGUUCAUACGUCAAUGCAUGCGGCAAUUAGAACUACUAAAGAAUGUGUGGCAAAAUGUUUUACCCGACAGUAUAUACAACAAAACUUUUUACGAUUUACUUGAUGGUGUUUCUAGUGAGAUUAUUAGACGAAUAUUAGCUAUGGAAGAUAUAUCAGCGACUGUGGCAAACGAACUUAGCGAGUUACUUGGAGUAGUAUUGGAUAGAGGACCAACACUAUUUAAGGAUAAACAUGAAGUUAUACGUAUCAAAUCGUGGAUGAAACUUGAACAACUGAAAGUGAUUUUAAAUGCUUCCCUACAGGAAAUAACAGAGCAAUGGUGUGAAGGUGUUGGAAUUUUAACAGCUCAUUUUAAAGCAGAUGAAAUUCGCCAUCUAAUUAGAGCAUUAUUCCAAAAUACAGAUCGGCGUGCAAAUGUGUUAACAAAAAUAGUUUAAAAAUAUUUUUUUUUAUUGAU